AUGCCUAUUUCGAUUCUAGAUCAGGAACUCCAUACCAGCACGACAACCUCCAAAAUGGCAGCAAUCAGGAUACCACAGCUAAUAACGAGUUUAACGAUAACAACAAAAACUUUUUUUAGUGUGCGGACUGCGAAAAGAAGUUCUUUCAAAGCGUUACCUCAGCAUACACGAGAGAAGUCACACCGAGAGAAGCCGUACCACUGCAGUGAUUGUGGAAAGUCAUUUGUGUGUAAAGCGCAUCUCCAGACGCACCAGAAGACUCAUACUGGAGAGAAGCCGCACUGCUGCACGGAAUGCGGGAAGCAUUUUAUUCAUAAGUGCCACUUCCUUGAGCACCUGAAGACGCACAGCGAAGACAAACCAUUUAGCUGCAGUGAGAGUGGGAAGAGUUUUACAGACAAAAGAGCCCUUCAGCACCACCAGACGUUUGCCUACAAGAACAGCCUCAAAUUCCAAGAGCGAAUUCUCACCGGGAAGUGGGAAGAGCUUCAUUCAACCCUUCAGCUCAAUCAGUGGCUUCACAGCAAAGACAAGAUAUUCAGCUGCAAGGAGUGUGGGAAGACCUUUGCCUACAAUUACAGCCUCAAAGGCUACAAACAGAUUCACAACGGCGACAAACCCCAUUCUUGUAGUGACUGUGGAAAGAGGUUCAUACGUAAAAACGACCUCCUGCAGCAUCAGACAAUCCACACCGGAGAGAAGCCACACAGUUGCCCCGUGUGUGGGAAAUGCUUCCGAGUGGUCGGCGGACUGCAGGAGCAUUUGGUGAUUCACACCGUGGAGUAUCCGUAUUUCUAUAAGCAGUGUGGGAAAAGGUUCAGACUGAAGGGGAAACUUCAGCAGCAUCAGAGGAUUCACAGUGGGGAGCGGCCAUUUUGUUGCCAAGAUUGUGGGAAGACCUUCAUCUACAGCCAGUACCUUCAACACCACAUGAAAAUUCACACCGGGGAGAAGCCAUACUCCUGUGUUCACUGCGGGAAGAAAUUUACACACAAGUGUAAUCUUCGGCGACAUCAUGUCAUCCAUACAGGAGAGAAGUGGUUCUUCUGCAUGGACUGUGGGCAAGGAUUCACAUAUAAAAGUACCCUGCAAGUCCACCAGAGGAUUCAUACCGGCAAGAAGCCGUACUCUUGUACCGAAUGUGGGAAGAGAUUCCGCGUGUCAAACACUCUGCUGAAGCACAGGAGAAUCCAUGUCAAGGACCUGGCCUCAAACGAGGCAGAGAAGCUUAAACAGCUUGCAGGAGAGUGA